AUGUCGAUGAAGACUGUGUUCUCGGUGCUCCUACUAUGUAUGCUCGUGGCGACACCCGUAGCGGCUAAGUACGAUGCAUGGAGCGAUAACAGUGGUCCUUGGAUGUGCUAUCCAGGGUAUGCCUUCCAGGUGCCCGCGCUCCCUGGCUGUCGUCCACUGCUGAAGCUCCAGUGCAAUGGCAGCCAGGUGCCCGAGGCUGUCGUAAGGGACUGCUGCCAGCAGCUCGCCAACAUCAGCGAGUGGUGUAGGUGCGAUGCCCUCUACAACAUGUUGGAUAGCAUGUAUAAGGAGCAUGGCGCGCAGGAGGGACAGGCGGGGACAGGAGCGUUCCCACGCUGCCGGAGGGAGGUGGUGAAGCUGACGGCGGCGAGCAUCACGGCGGUCUGCAAGCUACCCAUCGUCAUUGAUGCGUCGGGAGGUAGAGCGUAUAUCUGCAAGGAUGUGGCCACAUACCGGGACGCCUAG